GUUAGCCCAACCACAACGGACCGCUGUGGAGCUGGGUCGCCAUGGCGGAAAGAAGCUAUUUCAGGGAUGACGUCCUUGAAGGUCGCGUGGCCUUGAUCACCGGUGGCGGAAGUGGAAUUGGCUUCGAAGUGGCACGACAAUUUGGGCUACAUGGCUGUAAAGGUGUGGUCUUGAUGGGCCGAAGGAAGCAGUUUCUGGACAAGGCAGUGGAACUCCUGAAGAAAGAUAAUAUUCAGGCUGUGUGCUUUGCAGGAGAUGUGCGGAACUCAGAAAACUGCAGCGCAGCCGUGGCACUGGCCGUGGAGACGUAUGGUGGACUGGACGUUCUGGUCAAUGCUGCUGCAGGCAACUUCCUUGCAGCUGCAGAGGAAAUCUCUGGGAACGGUUUCAAAGCGGUGAUGGACAUCGAUGCAGUUGGCACCUUCAAUGUGACGCGUGCGGCCUUUGAAGCCUUGCGACAAUCACCGUACGGUGGCGUGGUGACCAGCAUUACUGCAACGUUGCACUAUACGGCGACCUGGUACCAGACUGCGCCCGUCGCAGCCAAGGCUGCCAUCGAUGCCAUGACUAGAAACCUGGCCCUGGAGUGGGGCGAGUUCGGCCUCCGCUGCAACGCCGUGGCGCCGGGUCCCAUCGCCGAGACGCCGGGCCUCGAGAAGCUGAGUGGAGGAAAAGAGAUCUCUUGGGAUUGGAUCCCUGCCAGGCGAGCUGGUACCAAGGGAGAGAUUGCCUCUGCUUGCAUCUACUUGUGCCUGAAUCGUUGCUUGGCGGUCCGUCCUCUUGGCCUUUCGCGAUGAUGGAUACAUCCGACCGCCAACAUCCGACUGUUUCGUUGAGCCUCAAUAGGCUACAUCACUGGGCAAACUCUCCCGGUGGACGGCGGCGAGUGGUUCGGCAAGAAGCCCAUGAUGCCCAGGGAGGUCGUGUCCCAGAUCUCUCGCGGAGUUGAGAAGCAGUCUCGGUCCAUGGGGCCUGGAGCAAAAUCGAAGUUGUAGCUGGUCCAAAGGGACAGGCGGACAGGUGGCAUUGACCUUGCCCUCCUGAAAGAACUGAUGUCCAAGUGAUCUACUGUACCCCUCCAAAAAAGCGUCCGAAGCCCCCACGGUGGAUUUUCUGUGAGCUCGGGCAAUGCUCUGCACUUGGCACGUUUGGUGUAAGUCGGGCAGCCCUUGAGCCUUGACUCAGUGAAGGUCAGCUGCGCGG